AUGGGUCUCGGUACAUCGUGCUGCUCCUUUCCACGUCCAGCGUCCAAGAAUUGGCUGCGAACGGCUGGGGCGAAGAACAGAUCCCCGGCUUGCAUGAGGAGUUGCGUUUUGCCGUAGGCCAUCGAUCUCCACCAGCAAGAAGCGGCCAUCGUUGCGUGGCGGAUAACGCCAACCUGUAUGUGUUUGGAGGCUACAAUCCUGACUACGAUGAGUCCGGCGGGCCAGAGAACGAAGACUACCCGCUCUUCAGGGAGCUCUGGCGAUACAACUUUGCCACAGACACCUGGCACCAAAUGGGCACUGAAGGCUACAUGCCCAGGGAACUAGCCUCCAUGUCACUUGUAUUGCACGGCAACAACCUGCUUGUGUUCGGGGGCACCGGGAUCCCCUUUGGGGAGAGCAACGGCAACGACGUCCACGUCUGCAACGUCAAGUACAAACGAUGGGCCCUGCUCAGCUGCCGGGGAAAGAAACCCAAUCGGAUCUACGGCCAGGCCAUGGCCAUCAUCAAUGGUUGCCUCUACGUGUUUGGAGGAACAACUGGGUACAUCUACAGUACCGACCUACAUAAGCUAGACCUCAACACUAGGGAGUGGAUCCAGCUGAAACCAAACAAUAUGUCCUGUGACAUGCCAGAGGAGAGGUACAGACAUGAAAUUGCACACGAUGGUCAACGGAUUUAUAUCUUGGGAGGUGGAACUUCCUGGACAGCUUAUUCCUUAGAUAAGAUCCACGCGUACAACCUUGAAACCAACACCUGGGAGGAAAUCGCCACGAAACCUCAUGAAAAAGUUGGCUUCCCAGCAGCCAGAAGAUGCCAUAGUUGCGUUCAGAUAAAAAACGAUGUGUUCGUUUGCGGGGGCUACAACGGAGAAGUGAUUCUGGGAGACGUCUGGAAGCUGAAUCUCCAAACUUUCCAGUGGGUCAAGCUCCCAGCUGCCAUGCCAGAACCAGUGUAUUUUCACUGUGCUGCUGUCACGCCGGCCGGCUGCAUGUACGUUCACGGCGGGGUGGUCAACAUCCACGAAAACAAACGGACUGGCUCGCUGUUCAAAAUGUGGCUGGUCGUACCCAGCCUGCUGGAACUGUCGUGGGAGAAGCUCCUGGAAUAUUUCCCUCACCUAGCAACUCUCUCCAGAUCUCAGCUCUUGCACCUCGGACUGACGCAGGGACUCGUCGAGCGACUAAAAUGAGACCAUCC